AGGUGUACGGUGCCUGGAUCGGAUGGGUAGUCUGCGUGGUUAUGUGUGUGUGAUGUGUUCUGUGGGUGCGUGGGCGGUGUCUGGGCGUGUGUGUCUGUGUGAAAGCAGCCCUGAGGGGGCCGGACGGGGCAGGGGCAGGGAGCCAGCGGCGAGCUGAGACUCGAGCCCGGGCCGGUCCCGUCUCACUGUCUGCCCGCCCCCGGCCCGGCCCCGGGGAAGCCCCGCUGCCAUGAGCCGUACCUGCCGGGGCGGGCGAUCCGGACCCCCGCAGCCGGCGCCGACGCCGGCGGGGCUGCUGUUGCUGCUCCUGGUGCCGGGGCCGUGGGGCCCGGCCACUGGCGGCGUCGGCGCGGACGCGCCGUGCGGCCCUCACAGCCGGGUCGGGACCGCAGACCGAGGAGCCGACGUCCGCUACGCCACGGCAUACUGGGAGAGCGCUACGCAGACGGUCCGGGUCAAGGACGUACUGGACUGGGACGGGGACGCCUAUGGCUUCUACAAUCACACGGUGCAAACCACGGGCUGGGGGACCCUGGAGAUCAGAGCUGGAUAUGGGGCCCAGGCCUUGAGCGAUGAGGUCGUCAUGUUUGUGGCCGGUUUUCUGGAGGGAUACCUCACUGCCCCGCACAUCCAAGAUCACUUCUCCAACCUCUACCCGCAGCUGAUCAAGAAGCCACUCGUCUUGGAAGAAGUGACGGCGUUUUUGGGGAAGCAGGAGCGCUGGGCUCGGCGUCACGCCAGGGACAGCCGGGACGACCCCUUCUGGAGGCACGUGGGCUACGUCCUGGCCCAGCAGGACGGGCUGGCGGCGGGCGCGGAGGAGUGGGCCAACGUCACCCAUGCCAAGCAGCCCGUGACCAGGUUCCAGGUCCAGUUCCUCAACGCGGUCGGGGACCUGCUGGAUCUCAUUCCGGCGCUCUUUCCGCGGCGAGCGGAGAGCUGGCUCCACGCCGCCCCCGGACCCUCGGGCGCCUGGGACAUGGGCCACUGCUCCGCCCUCAUCAAGGUUCUCCCGGGAUACGAGAACGUAUACUUGGCUCACUCCAGCUGGUUCAGCUACGCCGCCAUGCUGCGCGUCUACAAGCACUGGGACUUCAACCUCCGCGACGCGCACACUCGCAGUGCCCGCCUCUCCUUCAGCAGCUACCCAGGGUUUCUGAUGUCUCUGGAUGACUUCUACCUCCUGAGCAGCGGCCUGGCCGUCCUCCAGACGACCAACAACGUGUUCAACACCUCCCUGCUGCGGCACGUGGUCCCCCAGGCCCUCCUGGCCUGGCAGCGCGUCCGCGUGGCCAACAUGGUGGCCCAGGGUGGCAGGGACUGGGCCCAGGCCUUUUCCAGGUGCAACUCCGGCACCUACAACAACCAGUACAUGAUCCUGGAUCUGAAGAAGGUGAAGCCGAAGGAAAGCCUGGGAGACGGGACCCUGUUCAUCGUGGAACAAAUCCCCACCCUGGUGAAAUUCUCCGACCAGACCAACGUGCUCCGCGCAGGAUACUGGCCGUCUUACAACGUCCCGUUCCACAGCACCAUCUACAACCUGAGCGGCUAUCCCGACUUCGUCCGCAAGUUCGGCCUCGACUUCUCCUACGAGCUCGCUCCUAGAGCCAAGAUCUUCCGCCGCGAUCAGGGGAAGGUGACCGACCUGGAGUCCAUGAAAUUCAUCAUGCGAUACAACAACUACCAGAAGGACCCGUAUUCCGGCGGAAACCCCUGCAGCACUAUCUGCUGCCGGGAGGACCUGAAUCUGACGGCUCCGGUCCCGGGUGGCUGCUAUGACACCAAGGUGUCGGACAUGGCCCUGGCGGCCCGGCUCACGGCCCACGCGAUCAGCGGCCCCACGGUCCAGGGCGGCCUCCCCGUCUUCCGCUGGAGCCGCUUCAACGGCACCGUCCACAGGGGCCUACCGGAAGCCUACGACUUCGACUUCGUCACCAUGCGGCCCGUCCUGAGACCGCCGUGGCCGCGGGAGGCCGGGGGGCGGUGACCGGGGGCGCGGGUCCCGCCCGAGGUCUACGCGGCCCCCGCCCCCUUCUCCCGAAUAAAGGAAAUGGCUCCCCGGGAGAGGAGACGGUG